CAGAGUGAGAGAGUCUGUGGGAGAGUGAGAGACCAUAAAGAAAGAGGAUAUCCUCACACUACCAGCUGCACUGAGGUUUGUGUUGGAGUGACCAGGCAGAAUUUCUGACUCAGAGAGCUCACUGUUGGAGGAGCAGAAUGCAUCAGACAUUUAGACAGGUGUUCUUUCCAGACUAUUGCCAAUAAUACUGACACAAAAACGUCGAAGGCAAGGUUCUGUUGGACUGCCGAGGUGACUGGAGACUCUGGUGAAAAUGACGGCUGUUGUGACAGUGAAGCUUUUGCACAUCGUGCUGUUUUAUUUGGUGGUAGACUGCAAUGCAGAUUCCACUCAAUCACUUACUUCAGGGAAAAAAUUCAUCUUAGCCUUUCUGCAAAACUAUGACCGUUCUGCUGUUCUCACCAUGCACAUGGUCACUCAUGAUAGACCGACAGUAGUGACUGUGUCUAUCGCUCAGCCAGCAUAUACUCACUCAGUGGCCAUAGCAAAGAACAGCACUGGAAUGAUAGUUUUGAAUUCCACCUACAUGCUGUUGGGUAACCAGAUGUCAAGGAGUACCAUAACCGUGAUAUCUAGCGAAGAAAUCACCCUCAUCGCAUUAAAUGGGAGAUCGAAGACCUAUGAUACAUUUCUAACUUUGCCAACAACUGUCCUGGGUACAAAGUAUUAUAUCAUCACCUAUAGCGUGGAUAGUCUGUAUAACAUGAAGCAGUUUGCUGUUGUUAACAGCAAUGAGCAUGUUCUGAUCACUAUAACCGUUAGUGGUUCUGUCACCUUCAAUGGGACCCAAUACAAUGACAAAGAGAGUUUCUCGUUCAUCAUGGAACCCAACGAGGCUGUUCAAUUUCAGAGUAACACAGACCUGACUGGGACGAAGGUCAGCUCCUCAAAACCCGUGGCUGUCUUCAGCGGGGACCAAUGCAUCACCGUCCCGCCCAGCAACUGCGACCACAUCGGGGAGAAUUUGUACCCGGUGGACAAGUGGUCGGAUUCCUUCAUCAUUUUCCCCCUCAUGAAGAAGAAAAAGGAGGACCUCAUCACCAUCAUCGCCUCAGAGCCCGACACCACCGUGCAAGUUCACACCGAGACAGGAGACAAUCGACUGCUCCUCCAAGAGUCCGCUCACAUCAACGUGACCGUGACCGGCGGGGUGACCCUGAAAUCCGACAAGCCCAUCAUGGUCAUUUACUUCUUCACCGGGGGCAGCAACCCAAUUGUGUCGACCUUUGACCCCUUCCUGUUGACGGUCAUCCCUUCCAUCUUCUUCAGCAAUUACUAUGUCUUUGUGACCAUGCAACGUCUGUUCAACUACCUCCUCGUCGUUUCACCGGGACACAAUGUCGCCAACAUUGACUUAGACGGCAGGCUGCUGAGCACCUACCCCUUUGAGAUUUUGCACUUUGCAGGCUUCACGGGCAUCAGAAUCUACCUGGGCGAAACCGGAGGGCGACACGCCAUCUCGCAUCCUUCUGUUCACUUUGCAAUCUAUAUCUAUGGGAUCGGGCGAGCUGAGUCUUACGGAUACCCCAUGGGUAACAUACAGCCACCCAUCAAGCAGGAGAAAUGGGGCUCAUUGACGUGCCUUCCCGAGGCUGCCGUGUACAUGUUGCCAUCCAGUGUGCUCACCAACGCCAAGUUAUCAAUCAAUGAUGUACACCUCAUUGACCCGACAUGCCAUGCUGACCAGAGAGACGAAAACUGGGUCAUCAUCACAGCUCCAUUUAAUUCCUGUGGCACCACGAUCAUUAAUGACACUGGGAAAAUUGCUUACUUCAACAUAGUGUACGGAACUGCCCCUCAAACCUCGAUCCAUCGUCUCCAAAUCAAACUGAACUGCGAGAUGUUGACGGUUGAGAACAUCACCAUGGCCUUUGUGCCCCGCACCCUAUAUGCAUCCCACCUGGGCCACUACAACGUGUCGUUCACACUGUUUCACUCUGAAGCCUUCAACGACCCAGUUCGGGAUUUCCCUUAUGAGGUGGAGAUGAACAAGACGCUGUAUGUCCAGAUGAAGGCCGAGACCAGCGACAAGGGAGUUGCAAUAUUUACCGACAACUGCGUGUCUGUCCCGUCACUGAACGCCAACAUUGUAGCUUACACUAUCAUUGAAAACGGUUGUGCCAGGGACGUCACACUUAGGUCACACCAGUCGAGCGAUACGAGGGAGCAGCGUUUCAGUUUCCACGUGUUUAAGUUUCACGACUAUCCGAAGGUCUACGUGCUGUGUGAGGUGAUGAUCUGCCAUAAGAACUCCCUCCCUAAUCGAUGUGCCCAAGGCUGCUUACCUGGCAAACACAAGCGGGCGCUCAGCGCACGGGAUGAUAAAGUCAAGUCAGCGCGCCUCUCACAGGGGCCCAUCAUCUUCCGCCGUGACUUCGAAGAGCUCAUCCGUCUGCAGGUGAACUCAGAGAGGAAGGGGAACAGCAGCUAUGCCCCCAUUCUUGGGGUGCUCUCGGGGGGAUUCCUGAUUUCUGUCUUUGGCUUGAUGUUCCAGAGAAGAUACUACUUACAACAAUUCCACGGAUUUCGGAGGAUCCCAAGUGGUUGAACGCGCCGUUGGGAGGCGAUCUCCAUGUCAGUUCUUUCAUCUGUGUUGGUUAUGGGUUUAAACUGUUCAACAGAGCAAUUGAAACCUUGAUCAGCAGUUGCUUUUCCCUCAACGCUGAACGAAUGAUAACAUAACCUUUUGUGAAUCACGCAGAAGCCUCAUUAAUUAGAUCUGAUCACCAAAACUGCCGGAAUUGCGGAAAAUCUGCAAAUGCUUGAUUACUGAAAGGCUGUAAUUUUACCAAAAUCUUAGCUGCCUGUCUUCUGCUCUACAGAAAUAAAAUUGAGAUGUC